AUGCGUCUCAACCAAGCACUGGUCAUCCUGCCUGUGGCCACCUACGCCCUCGCCCAAUCAACGACCAAACUAUUCAAUUUCACCAGCGACAUCGACAUCGAGAACAGCGCGACCCGUCCUAAUGGAAACCUCCUCCUCACAACUUUCGAAAAAGGCCGACUCUACCAGCUCAACCCUCUCCAACAUGCGCCGCAAGCCGAGCUAGUCGCCGCCCUCCCCGGCGCCACAGCCCUCUGCGGAAUCGCGCCCAUCGAUUUGGACAAAUUCGCUGUUAUUGGAGGAGUUCGAGGCCAUUACAGCUACGUCAAUGAGACGGUGUACACGGUGGAUUUCAGUCAGAAUCCCACGAAACCAACUAUCCAAACGAUUUCUCGGAUUCCAGAGGCCGUGAUGCUCAAUGGCUUGGCUUCAAUGCCUUCUCAACCGCAUGUUGUUUUAAUCGGGGAUGCGCGACGAGGUGCAAUUUUCCGCGUGGACACGGCUACCGGCUCCUCGCAGGUCACUUUCAAAGAUGAGGCGCUGACGGCGCCGGCAAAUGCGUCAAUUCCAAUUGGCAUCAAUGGCCUCAAGGUCUUUGGGAACAAUGUAUUCUUCACUAACUCGGCGCGGAACAUCUUUGCCAAAAUUCCUGUUAGCGACGAUGGUCUCACGUUUGGAUCGGUUCAGAUCAUCGCCCACUUGGAAACGCGCAAGUCAGGCGAAGACUGGGAUGAUUUCAUCAUUGAUACCGACGGUAUCGCGUACGUCGCGCAGCCGAAUAACUCCUUGGCGCGAAUCACGCUAGAUGGAGAGAUAAGUGUCAUUGCUGGUGGUGGAAACAGCACUAUUCUCGCGAGACCUACCUCGGUGCAGAUUUCCAAGGAUGGAAAGUCGCUUUAUGUUAUGACUGGCGCGGGAUCGAUUGUCGAGGUCAAGAUUCCGCGGGACUAG